AAUGAAUACCCCUGUGCCCUGGUCCUUGUUCCCAGCACAGGCCUCAGCUUCUCAUCAGUCACCUCCUCUCAGUUCCUAGGGGGGCAGGGAGGGUCCAGCAGGAAAAGCUGUCGGUAAGAAAUAAAGGGAUGGAUCAAUAAAGGAGGGGGUAUUUGAUGAUGAGAGUACAUUUAUUUGUAGUAGUCUGCAUACCGUGGAGCUGGAAGGUGGCAGUUGAGGGAGGUUGGAACCCAGCUCUACAUUCUGAAGGGCUCUCCUAACUCGACUGGCAGGGCUGUGUCAGGAUGAAACUUCAAGCAACUAUGAAGGCUGAAACGUCAGUUUGAACAAUUAGGGAGGCAGGAAGCAAAAAACCCAGGUUACAACAGUCCAGUAAAAGGAGGAGACGUUUGCUGAGGCUAUAGAAAAAAACAGGCCACCAAGUUGUAAAGCAGCAGGAGUUGGCAAGAGACCGUAGUAGGUAUUAAAAAGAGAUGUCAAAGACUAUUCUAUUGUUUUAAUAACACGGACAAUCAGAAAAUUGGUGGCAAAGGGUCAGUUUGGUGAAGAGGAGAAUUCGAGAAAGGAAGACUAAGCUGUUUUUGCCAUGUAUAAUUUAAGACGUCAACCAGAUGCUCCAUGUAAUGUAUGGAAAGAUGCUAUACUUAGCCUGAGUCGAGAGGGGAAGUUCAGAUGCCACAAAUAUAGGUCACACUGACACAUAUACAUUUCUCUGUCAAAUGAGUAAUCUCGGAAAACUCGCCUUCCUUCGAUUCUUGUGGCCAUUUCGGAGCUUCUGAACUACGUUUCCCAGCACGCCCUGCGCCACGCCCCACUUCGCCCCUCCGGGAAGGGGUCCCGUGAGUCUCUGGGCGCAGAGCUCCGCCUCCGCCGCUGGGGGCGCGGCGACGUCGGACUCCGGGAGAGUCGGAUUACGCACUUCCUCCGGGGUUGGGGCCGAAUCGCUGUGUGGCGGGUUCGAGUCCCGCCUCCUGACUUUCGCCCCAAGCCCCUGAGUCCGAGGCGGGGAGCAUUCGCCUGGUAACGUCUCCACGGCCAGGGGCGGUGGCACACCUUGGGACUUCGCCAUGGAGGACUACCUGCAGGGUUGUCGAGCCGCUCUGCAGGAGUCCCGGCCGCUACAUGUUGUGCUGGGAAAUGAAGCCUGUGACUUGGACUCCAUGGUGUCAGCUCUUGCCCUGGCUUUUUACCUGGCAAAGACAACAGAGACUGAGGAAGUCUUUGUGCCAGUUUUAAAUAUAAAACGUUCUGAGCUACCUCUACGAGGUGACAACGUCUUCUUCCUUCAGAAGAUUCACAUUCCAGAGUCCCUCUUGAUUUUCCGGGAUGAAAUUGACCUCCAUGCCUUGCACCAGGCUGGCCAACUCACCCUUAUCCUUGUUGACCAUCAUGUCUUACCCAAAAGUGACUCGGCCCUAGAGGAGACAGUUGCAGAGGUGCUAGACCAUCGACCCAUCGAGCAGAGACACUGCCCUCCCUGCCACAUUUCAGUUGAGCUGGUGGGAUCCUGCGCUACCCUGGUGACCGAGAGAAUCCUGCAGGGGGCACCAGAGAUCCUGGACAGGCAAACUGCAGCCCUUCUGCACGGAACAAUCAUCCUGGACUGUGUCAACAUGGACCUGAAAGUUGGAAAGGCAACCCCAAAGGACAGCAGAUAUGUGGAGAAGCUGGAGGCCCUCUUCCCAGAUCUGCCCAAGAGAAAUGACAUCUUUGAUUCUCUACAAAAGGCAAAGUUUGAUGUAUCAGGACUGACCACUGAGCAAAUGCUGAGAAAGGACCAGAAGACCAUUUGCAGACAAGGCAUUAAGGUGGCCAUUAGUGCAAUAUAUAUGGAUUUGGAGGCCUUCCUGCAGAGGUCUGGCCUCAUUGCAGACCUCCAUGCUUUCUGCCAGGCGCACAACUGUGAUGUCCUGGUCGCCAUGACUAUCUUUUUCAACACUCACAAUGAACCAGUGCGGCAGCUGGCUAUUUUCUGUCCCCAUGCAGCGCUCCGAAUGAUGAUCUGUGGAGUUCUGGAAUGCUCCCACUCUCCGUCCCUGAAGCUGACCCCUGCCCCAAGCACCCACCCUAACCUCCAGGCCUAUCUUCAGGGCAACACCCAGGUAUCUCGGAAGAAACUUCUGCCUCUGCUCCAGGAGGCCCUGUCAGCAUAUUCUGACUCUGUGAAGAUCCCGUCAGGGCAGCCCGAGACCGAGGGUGUGUGCAGGGAGCAGGCGGACAAGGACUUGGACAGGGCGGGGAGCUCCCUGGUGCCUGGACUGAGUCAAGAUGAGGAGGAGCCUCCACUGCCCCCCACGCCCAUGAACAGCCUGGUGGACGAAUGCCCCCUGGAUCAGGGGCUGCCAAAACUCUCAGCUGAGGCCAUCUUCGAGAAGUGCAGUCAGAUCUCACUGUCACAGUCGACUGCUGCCUCACUGUCUCAGAAGUGACUGCUGGGGGCGGUUGGGGUAGGGAGGGCGGUUGCUUGAACCACCUCAGUUGCACGUGUUGAGAUGUGUCAGCAGUUCUGACUUCGGUGCUCUGGGGUCUGGUGUACUGUUUUCGUGAACCUGGGAGGAGAAAGAAGUGAAAGAAAACAGUUGCUUGAGGGAUGGCUUUUGGCCUUUUCUCCAGAUCUCUACCCAUUAGACAGAUUAUAUUAUUUAAUUUAAUUCUCCGAAUCUGCACUGACUCUCCUCUGUUUCGUUGGCCAGGGGCACAAGGUAGUACCUGCAUAGCUGCAGCAGAGCGGCACAGGAAAGCAUACCCCAGCAGUGCCCUCAGUAAGGCUCUUCAACAGAACCGGUAUCUCUCAUGAAACCAAGCAAUCAUUGUCUCCUUGUAUUCAUUUAUUCUCUUAUUCAUUUAGGUAUUUAUUGGUUACCUCCUUUAAGCUAGAUAGAAGAGAGAGUGUGCUUUUGGAAACUUCUCUUGCUGUUUUCAGCCUUCAGCAGAAUCCGGCCCCAUGAUUCCUCUUUCUGCCCCCAGUUAAGUGGUGGUAUCUAAGGCCGAGGUGGCCACAGUUGUGUUCUGAGCUCAUUCUGACUCUUUUAGGAUUGUUGGGAGGCCAUUAUCUUCUGUCCUGGUCAGCUGGCAUGGCUCUCAGUUUCUGGGAUACCCCAGAGCCACGGGGACCCUGAAAAGACCCAGAAGACCCCUGGUUCUUGAGAGUUCAGGAGACACCCAGGAAGGCCUUAAGACCGUAUAGGCACUCUUCCCAAAAGAUAGCAAAAGUGCAGUGAGAGCCCCGGCUCUAUGCCCUGCUUUGGUGGCCCCAAAUUCCUUGUCCAUCUCGUUCUCUUCUUGUUCAUAUCGAAGGGAACAUGGAGUUCUAAUACUGAGUGCCAUGAACUAUGUCUCUCUUGGCAAGACCCUUCAUUUCUCUAGGUCUCAUUUUCCCCAUCUGUAAGACCAAGGGUCUGGGCUAGAUGUUCUCUGGUAUUCUGGGAUCUGCCUCUUUUGCCAUCUCUCCCCUGCUUCUGUGUGUGUGUGUGUGUGUGUGUGUGUGUGUAUGUAUUUUAUUUGUGUUUUCCCUGGGAAAGCUCAGGGUGGGUGAAUUGUAUUUAUAUGUGAUUGUACCAAGGGACUCAGCCUCAUGUAGCAUGUACAGGGGUGUGAUUCAUACCGUAGUGACCCACAGAGCACUCCCCCACUGACUCGUUCUGCAUGUGUAGAGUCUCCCUUUUGCCUUCAGACCAACCUGCUCCCCUUUUUCCUACCCCACGGCCCUAUUCCAUGUAAGUUGCCAGUGGUUCCACUGAACAGUGGGAUGUGUGACAGUUUUGGCAUGACGUCUUCAGUAAGAGGGGGAUGAUGUGACUUCGCUUUAGGGGAUGAUGUCUGUAGCCAUUGGAAGGUAAAAAUAGUUGUGUGAUUUCUGAACCAAAGGAAUUUAUGUUUUGUAACUCGGGUACCUUAUUUUGCAUUUUGUUAAAGUAUUAAAUACUUUUUUUUUUUUCCUGUU